AUGUCACAGAAGUCACCUGGCGAGACACUCUCUGGUUGGGCGGGCAUCGAGGACCACCUCAUGACCAACGAUAUUGGAGAGAUGGAAGACUACGCCGAUGACAUUGACACCCUGCUUGUUUUCGCCGGUCUGUUUUCGGCCAUCCUCACUGCAUUCCUUGUCCAAACCUAUCCCAUGCUUCAAGUUGACAACACGGACACGACCAACCAACUCCUCGCCAUUGGUGUAGCUACGCAGCUGCGCACUGCCGGCACGAUCAUCACCGACACCCUGAACCAGACCCUUGCGACAUUCUCCGAUGCGCUCUCCGCACCAUUCUUACCUUCCGCCGCUGUCCGCUGGAUCAACGUCUUGUUUUUCCUCAGUCUCAUCUUCAGCCUCGCCGCUGCUCUGUUCAGCAUCCUGGCCAAGCAGUGGAUCCGCGAAUACCUCAAGUGGAACUCGCCGCUCGCUCUGCCACGCGAGAACGUCCUCGUCCGUCAGCUCCGCAUCGAGGCCUGGGAGGACUGGCAAGUGUCGGCCGUUCUCUCGUCCAUUCCCAUCCUCCUCGAGUUCGCUAUGAUUCUCUUCCUCGCCGGUGUCGUCAUCCUUCUGUGGACCCUC